AUGGCAGCCCCCGACGGCAGAGCUUCAGCCUCCUCCGACCCGCAGGCUCAGCCGCCGGCUGAGCCGACAGGGAGUUGUUCGCUCCGAAUCCGGAAUCUCAAUGGUGUGGAACACGCAAUUGACGUGGAUCCCGCACAGGUGAAAACCAUCCGCGACUUGUCGCGCGAUCCGCGAAGACUACUCGCGCCGUUUUUCGACUUCACGACCGACCUCGUACCGCCGAGCACCUUACUUCGGUGGCUCCUGGUCCGCGACGAUCACGCGACGGACGCGGAGGACGACGAGGAACGCCGCGGGCUAGAAGAGAACACACCGGCAGAGGAGGACGCAAUCCCGAGCGAAUUCCUUGCGUCAGGGACGGAGCUUGAGUUUGGAAUCUCGAGCUACGUGUACCAAUUCACGAUCGCGUAUACCCCUCUUGCGCCAAUCCUGCAGCGCCGGGAGGGCGAAUCGGAGCGCGCGCACGCAGAAAGGAUCUGCUUGGAGCUCGACGGAAGCAUUACGUCCGUGGCGGACGCGCACGAAUUUUUUUUUUGCGGUGCCCACGAAGACAGGAAGUUCGAGGACGCCUGUCGCAGCGAGCCAGUUUGGUCAAGUGGAUACGUUCUCCUUCCCUACAAGUCCAGUCAUGUUGCCACUGGUAGAGCAGUAGUGACGCAAGGGUGGGUGCACCUAGCACACGCCGCGUUGAGACUCGGUUCGUCCGAGUGGGAAAAGCAUGAACGCCGCAGCAACGGCCGGGCCUUCGUCGUGGCGGAGCGCCAGCAGUACGCGCGGUACGUCGCGAACGGCCUGCGUGACAGCUACUGGCAGGACGAGGAUGAGGCCGUACUUGAGCAGGCACUAGCCGUGGCGGAUGUUGAUCAUAUUUGUGUGGCUGAUGUGUUUUUCUCCGUGUAUAUCACCUCUUCACCAUCGUACAUCAGGGCGCUGCUCAAACACAUUGCCAGCCGCGGCGCAGUAGUGCAGUUUUUUUCCCGGCUCGAAGAAAAGCUGCUGGGCCUGGAUGUCUGCCGCAGCCACUGGGAGCAUCUUUUAAACACACAAGGAAAGUGGCUAGCGGAAGUUAGUCGCGGGUAUGCUUCAACAUCCACAGCGGACGAUAGCAGCAACGAAGACGAGCAGCUACGCUACGACAUUUCGCACGUUGUUAACGGCCUAAGGGCCAGCCUUACUGUACAGCUGCGCGCCCACCUAGAUUGCUACACGCGUCUGCAGGACCUCUUGAACGAGCUGAAAAUCAGCUACGACUUAGAAUUUAGCGCAUUGUCCGACCUCGCGAAACUGCAGCCACUGAGAAGACAAAUCGAGUACUUAAAUCUCCAAGAUUGUUUCCGCCAGGCAUUGGCCAAGCACGAAGCGGGCGUGUCGUGGACUGACGUCGAAGAACUGUGGCUGACCCUGCUUAACGACUCCUCUGCAGUGUUGGUAAUUUAGCAGGAGAUCACUUCCACACUCAAGAUAUUGACAAAGCAGGCCAGACAGAAGCAGUGUACUUACAAGUUUUCUUUCGAUCACGACUGAAGUUCAAGUUCUGAUUUCUAGCAGUGCAAAGAAAGGCAAAAAAG